GCAUCUUUGUUGGGGGAAGCAAGGUUGUGCAUUUUAGACCACAAAGAACCUUAAAUUCAAACACUGACAUACCUCCUGAUUUCUAUGGUUCAAGUUCAAGCAAUCCAUCAUCCUGUCCGGUUUUCCCUGACUGUGGAUUCAAACAGCUGAACAGCGGGGUAGUCCUUUCAUGUCUGGACUGCUUCCUAAGAAAUGGAUCCCUUUACUGCUUUGAUUAUGGGGUCACCCCAUCAGUUUUCCUUUCCAGGGUUAGGGGUGGCACUUGCACCACUGCUACAUCCGACUCGUUCGAUGUCGUUAUUCACCGAGCAAUGUAUCUUCUUCAAAAUGGAUUCGGAAACUACAAUGUUUUCCAAAACAACUGUGAGGAUUUUGCUUUAUAUUGCAAAACAGGCCUUCUGAUUGUAGACAGGCUUGGAGUUGGAAGAAGUGGUCAAGCUUCUUCUGUCAUUGGUGCUCCCUUGGCUGCCAUUCUUUCCUCUCCUUUGAAGCUGCUUAUGCCAAGUCCUGUUGGCAUGGCUGUGAUGACUGCUGGAAUGUACACCAUGAGUCGAUAUGCCACCGACAUUGGCGUUCGAACUGAUGUGAUUAAGGUGGCUGUCGAGGACUUGCCUCUUUUUCUCGAGUCAAUGGGCAGCGAA